CAGGUGUUGUAGUCACUUCCGGUUUUAACAAAAUAUAGCUUGGAAAUGGAUUGAAAGCCGAAAAUCCUGAUAAUACGCUUACUGUGUAGGUAAAAUGUCAGCUUCAGCAGUAUAUAUUCUGGAUGUGAAAGGCAAGGUAUUGAUAUGUCGGAAUUAUCGAGGCGACAUAGAUAUGUCUUGUAUAGACAAGUUCAUGUCAUUAGUGAUGGACAGAGAGGAAGAAGGCAGUAUGACACCAAUCAUUCAACAUGGAAACGUAACAUUUGUUUAUAUUAAAUAUAAUAACUUGUAUUUGGUGGCUACAACUUUGAAGAACUGUAACAUAGCACUGGUAUUCUCAUUCCUACACAAGCUAGUCCAGAUAAUGAUUGAAUACUUUAAAGAAAUAGAAGAAGAAAGUAUCAGAGACAACUUUGUCCUAAUUUAUGAACUUUUGGAUGAGGUGAUGGACUUUGGGUUUCCUCAGACCACAGACAGUAAAAUUUUACAAGAGUAUAUAACACAAGAUGGACAUAAGUUAGAGGUUGCUCCUCGUCCACCUAUGGCUGUUACUAAUGCAGUAUCAUGGAGAUCUGAAAAGAUUAAAUAUAGAAAAAAUGAAGUAUUCUUGGAUGUUAUAGAAUCUGUUAAUUUAUUGGUUAGUGCUAAUGGUAAUGUUCUUAGAAGUGAGAUUGUAGGGGCUAUUAAGAUGAGAGUAUAUUUAUCUGGUAUGCCUGAGUUACGACUGGGACUGAACGAUAAAGUCUUAUUUGAAAGUACUGGAAGAGGAAAGAGUAAAUCUGUAGAAUUAGAGGAUGUGAAGUUCCACCAGUGUGUUAGAUUAUCUAGAUUUGAGAAUGAUAGAACAAUUUCCUUUAUACCUCCUGAUGGAGAGUUUGAACUGAUGUCUUACAGACUUAAUACACAUGUAAAACCAUUAAUAUGGGUGGAGUCAGUUAUAGAAAGACAUGCCCACAGUAGGGUGGAAUAUAUGAUCAAGGCUAAAAGUCAGUUUAAAAGAAGAUCAACAGCCAACAAUGUAGAAAUAAUCAUUCCAGUUCCAACAGAUGCUGAUACUCCAAAGUUUAAAACAACAGUCGGUAGUUGUAAAUAUGCACCAGACUUGAAUUCUGUGAUCUGGACAAUUAAGUCAUUCCCAGGUGGAAAAGAGUAUCUGAUGAGAGCACACUUUAAUUUACCUAGUGUUAUAGGAGAAGACUCCGAGGGCAAACCUCCAAUUCAUGUCAAGUUUGAGAUUCCAUAUUUCACUGUAUCUGGUAUACAGGUAAGGUAUUUAAAGAUUAUAGAGAAGAGUGGGUACCAGGCAUUACCAUGGGUUAGAUAUAUUACACAGAAUGGUGACUACCAACUCCGUACUCAGUGAACAAAACAAUGAGGAUAUAAAUAAUUGUUGUCUAUUUAUUGUUUCAUACUAAAAUUUGGAAAUUAUUCUCACUGAAUGAUAAGUUUUACCAUAUUUAUUCAUUUUAAUCAUGCAUUGCUCACUGUUGUAUGAAAUGUGCUAAGAUUAAGAUUAUAAGUUUAGCCAUUAUAUUACUGUUCAUAGAAUAUACAACUAUUGUAACAGUUACUCUAAAAAAGGGUAAAAUAUUAAUAUAUUUAAAAAAUAAAUCCAUGUUAUGUUUAUGUUUUCAUGUGCAUUGUUUUUUUAUAAAAAUUCAAUAUUUUUUUAAUAGUAAUUUUUUGUCUGGUAGGCUGUAGAUCCUGUGUAACAGGGCUUUCUGUUGAGUUUAAAAAAUCUUUUCAGUGGAUUGCAUGAAAGCAAGCCCAUUCAAUAAGCAAUUUUGUCUUAAGCUUAUGCAUGAUAAGUCUUUUUGCAUUUAAAGUUAGACGUGAUAAUGCUUAGAAAUACUUACAAUACACAUACAUUCAAAAGAGUAUACACAAAUGUUUAUUUAAACCUGUCAUAGUGCUGUUUAUAAAAUGAAACAUUGUUGUCAACAUGAACAUGAAUAAAUGGAAAUAAAAUUGAAAUAUCA